CUACAAAACCAGAGUUCCCCUGCUUCUCCAUCCUGCUUUAAAGUCCAAACCAGAGCAGAGCUCCCCUGUUUCUUGGCUUGGCCAACUGCUUCAUCUUCGGUGGUUCUGUUUCCACAGAGCGAUCAGUUCAGCAGCAAUGUCAGAGGCAGCGCCCAUGGUGGACUCAGAGUACAUGGCGGAGAUCGAGAAGGCACGGCGGGACCUCCGUGCCCUCAUCGCCAGCAAGAAUUGCGCACCCAUCAUGCUCCGCCUAGCAUGGCAUGACGCCGGCACUUACGACGCCAAGACCAAGACUGGAGGCCCCAACGGCUCCAUUAGGUUCCAGCAGGAGUACAGCCACGGCGCAAAUGCAGGGAUCAAGAUUGCCAUUGACCUUUUAGAGCCAAUAAAACAGAAGCACCCCAAGAUCACAUAUGCAGACCUGUAUCAGCUCGCUGGAGUUGUUGCCGUCGAAGUUACUGGUGGACCAACCAUCGAUUUCGUUCCUGGCAGGAAGGAUUCUUCAGUUUGUCCAGAGGAAGGACGCUUGCCGGAUGCAAAGCAAGGUGCUUCGCACAUUCGAGACGUCUUCUACCGGAUGGGCUUGUCUGACAAGGACAUAGUGGCACUUUCUGGUGGCCAUACUCUGGGCAGGGCACAUCCAGAGAGGUCAGGAUUUGAUGGAGCAUGGACUAAAGAUCCACUGAAAUUUGACAAUUCCUAUUUCGUUGAACUGCUGAAAGGUGACUCUGAAGGGCUCUUGAAGCUCCCUACUGACAAGGCUCUUGUGGAAGAUCCUGAAUUCCGGUGCUAUGUUGAAAAAUAUGCCAAGGAUGAAGAGGCCUUCUUUAGGGACUACGCAGAAUCACACAAGAAGCUCUCCGAGAUGUGCUUCACGCCCCCUCGCUCUGCUUUCUCGUGCAAAUCCGGAAAUAAACAGAAGUCCUUGCUGGUACAAGCUGCAGCUGGGGUUGCAGUUGCUGCUGCAGUUGUCGCAUGGGCAUACCUCUGCGAAUCCAACAAGAAGAUUGGCUAACUUCUGCUCAUCGUACAGCAGCACUGGUGGAAGAAUUGAAACUAAAGUACUCAAAACAUUUCGAGGCCAUGCACUUGUAUUGCAUCUAGUUGUGCUACCAUGCAUGUUAUGGUGUGAGCCGUGAAUGAAAUAAAGGUAAUUAUGGAAAAGAGAACAACAUACCAAAUUAAUUAUUGGUAUAAUACUGAUUUAUUUGUUUCUCUGUGUAA